UUUAUGUCGUCUGCUAGACAGUUACCAUGUUUUGUCGUCGUGCAGUUAGGUUAGCGAGUUUAAAAUUUAUAUUUAGUAUUACAAGAAAUAAUAUUGUUACUAAUCGCAAACUAUGUAGCAAUAAUAUGUACUGGAGCUCAUCUAGAUUGUUUUCUUCGCAAAAGUUUGACUUUUUAAAAUUGGGAGGCAAGAGAAGUACCAAUCAAAACUUCCAUUCAAAUUUGCAGUCCAGUUUGUUUCUUUUGAGUUUUUCUGGAUUGCUAAGCUUUCUAAAUAAAGAAGAUGAUAAAGAAUCCGAACUCAUAACAACAAUUAAAAGAGGAAUUCUACUUAUUCAGAAAGAAGAACUGCAAGCGGCCGAACAAAUGCUGCAUUUAGCUCUACGGUUGGCUCAAGAGCAACAAAAUAGUGAUGGCUUAACGUAUGUCUAUGAUUUGUUAGCCAACGUAGCGUUUGAACGUCACCAGUUCUCAAAAGCUGAACAACUAUUUGUCAAUGUGAUGCAAAGAGAACUAGCCAAAGGCACUGCAAACGACGAUCCGAAAAUAGUUCACAUGAGUUUGAAAUUGGCCAAAAUCUACGAGGAAACUGGACAAAUUGAUAAAGCCGAACAAGGAUUCAAAUUUUGUUUGGAAUGCCUGCAGCCAUUAGUGGACAAGAGCAGUGAUGAAGACUUGCUGACUCUGUGGGCGAUGUCCCUCGAUUGGUAUGCCAGAUUUCUCCAGCAGCAGAAUAGGUUAGAUGAAGCAUUAGUCCACUACAAGAAAGCAUACGCCAUGUGUGUGAAGGUGAAUGGCGAAGUACACGAGGAGAGUGUUGUGCUCUUGAAUGACAUCGGAACCAUCAGCUACCUGAAGGGAGACAAAGACGAGGCUCUCGCCUACAUGACUAAAGCCAUUGAGGUUGGAAAGCAUCUGCCCAACAUGGAAGACUUUUCCUCGGUCUAUGUCAAUCUGGGUAACAUCUAUUUGAAGAAAGGUCUCUAUGAAGAAGCAAAGAAAUUCUGCUCCGAAGGAUAUAAAAAUGCUAAAAGGCAUCACAAUCCUGAGGGAUUGAAAGAAGCUGAGAUCUGUCUUGAAGAAAUAAAAAAAAUAUUUAAGAAGUAGGUAAUCUACUAUACUUCAUUACUAUUCUCUCUACUCAUCAAGCUAAACUUAUGAGACAUGAUUACCAACAUUAUCUUAAUAUUAUACCCUUCUUGCAACAUGAAAACAUCAAUUAUUAUAAUAGUUAAUCCUUCAAUAACAAAUUGUUUCAUUCUCUUCAAUUAUAGUAUGGGCUUCCUUCCCAUUGUUGUGCAUUGUUGCCCAGGUACCUAAAAACCUUCAUGCAGUAUCUGUAAACAUAAAUACCUUACCUAUAUUGUAAUGUAUUACAAUAAUAAAUAUAGCUUUACUAUUUGAAAUUCCUAGUCUCGACAGAUAUGAUUAAUCUUUUUAACUCGUUUUAAUAUAAAUAUAUUCUUCUAUUUUAAUAGUGAAACUUUUCAUGGCUAAAUGUAUAUUGUGAAUAAUAUUGUUAUCAUUCUUAUAGAGUGAGUAUAGUUCUAUUUGAAAUUAAAUAGAGAAGUAGGAUAGAAUCUUUUUCAAAUCUAGCAAAACUGUUAUGCAUCUUUUAAUACUUGAUAGGAGGUCUUCUAUGCUGGUGCCUGUCUUAUUAUUAAAUCACUACUGUAUAAUGAUAUUAUCGUGUAUGUGGAGUUUAAACUCCUAAAUAUAUAAUAUUACUAUAUAGUAUUAUAUUACCUACUGUUAUUAAUAUUGAUUAAUAAGUUGGCAUAGUAAAUAUUCCUGAGAAAAUAUGCGUGCACAAUACUUAUCUGAUUUAUCCAAUAGAAAGUAUCAAAGUGUCUACGUUAGUCAACAUCCUGUUAUUUCAAUUGAAAACUCAUUUAUCAUAAUGUUAUUAUUGUUGGAGUAAACCAAUUAAUAUGUUAAUAAUCAGUUAAACCAAUAAGUCUUUUUUAAAAUAGAACUAUCAAGAAAAUGUUUUACUAUUUGCCUGUUUUGUCAUUUUAUAAAUGUGAAUUAUUAUUAACAUAAUUGACAUUAUUUAUGUCAUUACAUGAAGAGCAACAUUUCAUAUAAAAAAAUAGUAUUGCUCAUUUCAAAUUUGAUGAAGAUUUCAGUUCCUUACUGCAUCUUAAAAAUAGUUUAUGGGUUUAUUUAGAAAGAGGAAUUAUUCAAUUUAUUAGUAUUUUUUUAUUACAUUGCAUAAAAAUAAUUUGGUAAUUGAUAGUGGCAUUAUAGACGAAACAUGUCGUUUAUUUCAAUUAGCCCAAGAAGAUACUUAAGAAAUAGCAUCUUAUACAAAUGUGCAUUUAAUGGACACGAAAGAUUGUCGUAUUGAAAAUAAUCGAUUCCAAUGCAUAUUAUAAAACAAGAAGGCUAUAGCAUUUUUGAAUUUACAGUAUAAUGCUUUAUUAUGAAAUUUAUUCUUCGAUGUUAAUGCUUGGGUAUUGAACUAUUAAAAUAAACUUUUUAUUAUGUGAUCAAUAAGUUUAGACUUCAUUGCACAAACUAUAUUCAGUGUUGCCACGCUCAUUCUACUUGUAGGAAUAUGUCAAUUGGUAUGAUAUUAAAUAUUUAUAUAGUUGAGUGCCCGAUUAAUAUUUAAAAACUAUUUAGCCCAGAAUCAUAACACUUUAGUAAAUACUCUACAUAAAUACUUAUUUCUUAUCGUUGCCGUAUUCAAUUAAUUGUAACAUCAAUUCAGUACUGUGCUUAUCUUCAGUGAAAAUUUAUCAAAAAUCAUUAUAAUUCAAUUGCAUGCAAAUAAAGUUGAACACCAAGAACAAAAAUUUAAAUCUAUAACUUUUUAGUGAUGAUUAUUAGCAAUAAAGAGUUGAUGUGUUGUUGAGAGAAUAUUUUUCUCAAUUUGUAGAAAGAGAUUUUUAUUAGUAAAAUGAUGUUACAAUGCUAAGGAGGUUCAAGCUGGAUUUACACAUAUAUCUGUGAAAGUGACUGGCAAAGUGAAAAUAUAAUUUCAAUGAUUUUUUAUUGGACUAUUCCAUUUACCACUCCGGGCCGAGCGAGUAUCAAUAGUCCCAUUAUAACUUAUUGAAAUAAUAUUCUCACUAUAACAGUCAUUUUUAUUUUAAUGUGGAAUCGAUCUUUAGAGUCCAAGGGAAUGUUUCAUAUAGAUUUGAUUGGAAAGGAUGUAAUUAUUAAAAUCGUUCUACUUUCAACAAAAAUAUAAUGCACUUGAUUCUAAGCUGUGAGCUGAACAUAUCUUGCCUAUUUAAAAUGCAGUAGAAAAGAUUAAUAUAAGAUUGUCAAUUCCCUAUUCAAUUACAUGAGUUAUAGCUCUUCAUUUUUAGUAAUACAAUUUACUUAUUGCACUCAAGUGCCUGCACUCUUCCCAAAUAGUAAAAGUAGUGAAGCAAAAUGUGAAACAGAUAUUGGGAAUAAUUAAUUCUAUUCUAUGAAGGUUGUAUGAUAAACUAAGUACAGUAAUUACAUGCAGAAAAAUUAUUUAUCGUGCUAACCGAAAAUCAUUUAUGAUCGAUAUACUUAAUCAUCUACUUAAAACGUCAACUGAUGUAAAUUAAGUAUGUUUAUUGUCUUCAAGCACAAAUUCAAGCCAUCCAUUGACCUAUUGCCCGAAAAAAGACAACUAGAUCCCAUUUUGAGCAUACCCUAAUAAUCAAAUCAAGUUGUAGGCCAAUUAAUAAUAAUCAAAUCUUCUACUCCACAAGAUCAGCCUUUAUAAAAAAAUAUUUGAUUAUUCUGAUCUGGGAACCUCUUUUAAUUUUUAAUAAUAAUUCUUCCAUUUAUAAAAUUACGGUACAUACUUAUGAUAGAUUUUAAACGUCGAACAAAUCCAGUAUUACACAUGAUGAUUUGACAAAUUUCAUCAGUUUUAUUGAUCUAGCAUUAUUGUAUAUUCUUCGAUCAAAUAUUAAAAAUAAAAAAACAACUACUCUAAUAAUAUUGUUGACAAUAUUUCACUAAUUUUGAAUGUAUUGGCGCUUGACGACUUGACAUAAAACUUUAAGAUGAUAAAUUAAGCAAAUUAAUAAUGUUAUUGGCAAUAAAAAAUGUUAUUUAUAAUGAAAUUCAUUUGUUAACAUCUUCUCAAGAUUGUGUACAACUUGAUGAUGUAAACAAGAGGCUUUACAUGGUUAUAAAUAAAAAAUGAAGCCACUUGUGUUAUUGUUGUAGCAUUGACAAUAAAUGCAUCGUGAUUACAGUAUCA